AUGGAUCAACGGAGAUCGAGAAGAGGACAUGAUCGCCUUUUCCAAGAUUACUUUGCAGAUGAACCGGUGUAUAAUGCUGACAUUUUUCGAUGGAUAGUAGACGCUCUCUCAAACGUCUAUCCGUAUUUCCAACAGAGGGUUAAUGCAACUAGAAGAAGAGGCUUGUCACCACUCCAAAAAUGCACCACUGCGAUAUGGAUGUUAGCAUAUGGCGUAGCAGCUGAUGCUGUUGAUGAUUAUGUGCGCAUAGACGAGAGCACUACAAUUGAAUGCUUGGAAAAAUUUGUUGAAGGUGUCAUUUCGAUGUUCGAGGAUGAAUACUUACGAAAAACAAAUCCAAUUGAUGUACGACGCCUGCUACAAAUGGCGGAGGGUUGUGGCUUUCCUGGCAUGUUGGAUCGUUCUCCAGUGUUCGAUGAUAUUCUAAAUGACCAUGCUCCGAAAGUAAAUUAUACUAUUAAUGGUAAUAAUUAUACUAUGGGAUACUAUUUAGCAGAUGAUAUUUAUCCUGAAUGGGCCACAUUUGUCAAAUCAAUUUCAAAGCUACAAGGGGAGAAACGCAAGUUAUUUGCACAAUAUCAACAAGGGCAAAGAAAAGAUGUGGAGCGAGCAUUCGAAGUGUUGCAAGCACGCUUUGCAAUUAUACGUGGUCCAGCUCGCUUUUGGGAAAAGAAGAAGCUUGCCAACAUAAUGAGAGCUUGUAUUAUAUUACAUAAUAUGAUUAUUGACGAUGAAAGAGACACUUAUGUAGGAAAUUUUGCUCAAGGCUUAGAGUAUGACGAUGUCGAAAAUGACUUAUCACAACCUCAAUUGGGAGAGGAAGAUUUUGCACCAUACCUUCAAUUUCUCUAA